AUGAAGCCUCCUGUAAGGCGGCGCGCGGCCCCGGCGCGGUACCGAGGGCUGGCCCCGGCCGGGGUCCGCACGGCCACGCUCUGGACCCCACGGGAAAAGCAGCAACUCCUCCGUUUACUGCAGGCACGAGACGGGGAGCGGGAACCCGAGGCUGCGGAGCUGAGGCAGGGGCUGCCCCACCGGAGCGAGGCUGAGAUCCAGGAUUUCUUGCAGUUGUUGAAGCGUCGUGUGACCCGGGAGGUAAUUCAGCAGGAGCAUCGCUGCUGCCAGAAGGAACAGAGGCUUCACAAGGCUGAAGUUCCAGCCCCCAUUGAGGUUUGGACAGAUCUGGCUACAAAGGUCACCAGCCAGUUGGAAGAAGCGAUGACCACUGCCUUUUCCCAGAUCCUGACCAUUGCUGCGACAGAACCCGUGAGUCUGCUCCACUCCAUUCCGGAGAAGCCAACCCAAGCCAGUGAGAGACAGCUUCUCUCCAAAGACUCUUGUUCCCAGGGAGAACUCCCACCUCAGGCUCCAGAGCCCACCCAAGAGACCAGUGGGGGAGUAUCUGGCACCUCAGACACCCAGGUCAAGAUGAACUCCUCCAAAUCUAGCCUGGCCUCACCCGCAAAUGGAGACUUUGUCAUUGACUUUGAGAAGAUAUAUAAAUAUCUUUCAAGUGUAUCUCGGAGUGGCAAGGGCCUUGAGCUUUCCCCUGGAGAGUCUGCCGUCCUCCUUGAUCUGCUCAUGUCCCUCCCUGAGGAGCUCAGUCGCCUGCCCUGUGAAAGGCUGCAGGCCCACAUGGCUAGUUCCUACAGAAAACUGGUACGCCCUCAAUCGAACUCAGGCCCAAGCCCUGAGGAACCUGGCAAAGGCCAGUCCGUGGAAGACAGUGAAGUUAGCACCUCCCCUAGCAGUGCCCCAGGAAGCAUGGAAAGCCCAGCUCCUGAGAGGUCUUCCGCUUCUGGGCCAAGUCCUCCCCCUGCUCAGCACCAGCUGUGGCAGGAUCUGGAGUUCUGUCCUCUGAACCCAUUCCUGGUUCCCUUGGAGCUUCUGUCUCAGGCCCCAACUCCUGGGCAGUGAGCACUGGCAGGCCCUUUGCCAGGAGACCCUCCUGAGGGCGGAGCCCUACACUGCAUCCCCAGGCGAGGGGGUGUGUGUGUGUGUGUGUGUGUGUGUGUGGUCAGGGUGAGAGGAGGAGAGAAAAAAGGUGAGCUCCUAGGAAAUAAAGCUAUGUUUUAUUAUUUCUGAAAUUCCUUUCCUAUUUUAUCCUAGGUUUCUAGGCAAUUCCAUGACUGGGUUUAUCUGAUUCCCUAUUCUCAAUAUCUGAUCUGAACAAGUACCUAAAAAUCUGUACUAGGUAGGAAUUUAAAGAGAUUCCAAAGUUCCUGGGGCCCAGAAUCAUAUCUGUUCUGCUGAACCCCAUUCCCUCUCUGGAUUUGAAGAGUUGUAUAUGUGUUUGAAAGAGAUUUCAGGCAGACAAGUCCUGGGAGUUCUGGGGCAGUCAGGGUUAUUCUGGGAAAAGCACUUUUUAAACCUUAAAGUAUCAUUUAAGUGUGAUUUCAAAAAAAAUGAUGCGUUUGCUUCUUCAGCAAAUACUGGUUGAGUAUCUCUAAUGUGCAUGGUCUUCCUCUCCUCCUCUUCUCCACUCUGCCUGGUGUGCAUGAGAUAGUUCAGCAUCAGAACACCCCGGUAUUUGCCACCCUCAACACUAUCAUUCCUUUGAUACCUUAGUUUUCAGUCAGGUAUUGUAGUGAAGAUUGGGUUUCUGCCUCAGCCUUGUGAUUUGGUUGCUGAUGGGCACAGUUAAGUUUAUCCAUCUCAAAAAUAUGUAACUUAGGUUCAGAAGGAAUACAAGACAGGAUUCUGGAUACUGGUUUUUAUUUUCAAAAUAAAAUUUUAAAAAGCUAAUAAAAACAAAAUUAAAUUACAAGUAA